CAAAUAAUGCAAUGUUGUUUGAUGUUUUGGUAAAUUUUGUUUGUUCGUUGAUUGUUGUCUUAUUUAUUGUCCUAGAGUUUUAUUAUUAAAUUCGUUCGUUCGCAACGUUGUUGUCUUUUGUUGAACAAUCAUAAUGGAUUUGUGCAGAACUUGCCUCGAAAGUCCAGCCAAUAAGAAUAUUUCGGAGUUGGAAAAAGACAUAAAUGAGGACAACAAACACUCCUACGACAUUAUGGUGUUUUGUUUAGAUAUCAAGGUUUUUCAAGACUCCAGAAUAACGACGAAUCUUUGUGACAACUGUUUUGGAAAAAUCAUAUCUUUUUACAAAUUUAAGGCGCAGUCUUUGAAAAAUGACGCAUAUUUGAAAUCGCUGCACCCAGCUUCAUCUCUAGAGGACCAAAAACUAUCUAUACAUGGUGAUGGAGAAGGAAUUCAAGAACACAAGAUUCUCUUGGAACAAGAUGAAUAUAGUCCCAGUUUAGUUGAAAAUUGCAUUAAAAUAGAAAUGCAAGUUAAGGAUGAAAAUAUGUUAGAAGAUGUAGAAAGUGCUAUUGAGGAGGAAGACUCGUCAGAUGUUACAGAUGAUAGUGAUGAUGAUACAUCGGAAGAUGAAUUUUCUGUUGAAGAACCAAGUGUGGAGGAAAAGGUUAAAUAUAAAAAUGUCUGGGAUAGGUUUAAAAAAAAAGCACCAAAACGUAAAAAACGUAGCUGUCCCAAGAAAGAGUCAACCAGUAACAAAAACGUGAUACAAGGGCGGCAGAUAUGUGAAGACUGUGGUAUGUCGGUGCUAGACCUGAAGGCACACUUGCUUACCCACCAGCCUAAAGACAAGAGGCAGAUGCUGCAGUGCAAGGCUUGUCCGAAGAUGUUCAUCACCAGAGGGGGGCGGCGGAGGCACUACAAGAUCAGGCAUUUGGGUGUUAAGGCCAAGUGUGAUAUUUGUGAUAAAGAGGUAGUCCACCUAUCAGUGCACAAGCUCCAAGUCCACAACCCAUCCGCCUUACCAUUCGGGUGCGCCACGUGCGAGCGCCGCUUCGUGUGCAAGCCCGCGCUUGAGCAGCACAUGACCAGCCACACGCAGCAGGCCGCGUUCGACUGCGAGAUCUGCCACAAGAAGUUCCGCGCGAAAGGUCAUCUCUCCACACACAUUCGGCAAGUCCAUGAAAAAGAAAGGAAGCAUCACUGUGAAUUAUGUACUAAGGCUUUCUUCUGCAAAAGUACACUUCAAGAACAUUUACGGACCCACAGCAACGAGCGAGUGUACCAAUGCACGGAGUGCGGCGUGUCGUUCAUGACGAAGAACUCCCUCCGGAAGCACCGCCUCGUGCACAGCGACGUCAAGAGGUUCAAGUGCGAGUUCUGCGACAUGAGCUUCAAGUUGAACGGUUACCUCAAACUACAUAUGAUAACGCACACGAAGGAGAAGCGUUACUCGUGCCAGUACUGCGGCAAGCGCUUCGGCCGCCCGGACUCCUGCCGGAGACACGAGGCCGGCCACCAGAAGCAACCUGCAGCCGACUGAACACCUUAAACGUAUAGUGAUACGGCUCAAAAUCAAACGGCUGCCUUGAAACCAGAGGGCCUACCGCAAUCACUAAAU